UCGCAGCUGUAGAGCUUGCAGUCGUCGUUUCUAACAAGCUCCGAGACCACACUUGAAGAUGUUUGGCACUGGCAGUCACCUCAGGAUGUUCGAAGAUGAUCCGUUUUUUGCGGAUCCCCUUCGAGCUCACAGUGAACAUGUGCACCAGAUGAUGAGAAGCUUUUCAGAUCCAUUUGGGCGUGACCCAUUUCUCAGCAUUACAAAUGGGAGAGAACGAGGCAGAGAUUUUCAUGGUUCCAAUGUGGCCUUGAGAGACAAUCAUAGGGUUUUUGAUAGACGAAAUCCUUUUGGCCAGAUGGAUGAUAUGAUGUCAAAUAUGAGGAGUAUGUUUACAGAUCUGCAUAGAAACACUGAAAAUUUCUCAUCGGAACCUAAUAGUCAUUCAUUCACAUCGUCUUCAGUAAUGACAUACUCUAAAGUGGGGGACAAACCUGCAAAAGUCUUCCAAGCCUCAAGUCAGAUGCGACAAGCUCCUGGAGGGAUCAAGGAGACAAGACGGGCAGUUAAAGAUUCUGAGAGUGGAAUUGAGAAGAUGGCUAUUGGGCACCAUAUUCAUGAUCGGGCUCACAUCAUUGAACAAUCACAAAACAAAAAAACUGGGAACCGGGAAGUUAACCAAGAAUUCGUCAAUUUAGAUGAAACUGAUGCCCAGACUUUUGAUGAUGAGUGGCAGAGGGAGAUUUUUAAAUUCAUGCCAUCUAAACCUCGGUCGCAGCUGGAGGCCCCCAAAGCACGGAAGGUUCAGAGAGCUGCUAUUGCCAGUACUGAAGAUGAGUCAAGAAGAGAGAAGCGGCGACUGAAAGAUCAGACUUCAAUGAAAAAAACCCAGUUUGAAGAUUUAAAUGUGAAUGGAUCAGCAGUUAAAAAUAACAAAAAAUAAGUCUUUUCUGUGGCAUCAUAUGAUGAUGUCUGUGCCACCUGUUAGAGACCAAUCCUGUUUGGAUUUUUGUGUUGGUCUGCAGUUGUCUUGGUCAUUAUGUACAGUUUCAUUCUAUGGUUUAGUUCUAGUUUCAGAUCCUAAGUAUAUGUUUAAAAGCAAUAGAAUUUCAAAGCACUUUAAAGGACUGGGGUUUCCAAUGUUGAUUCUAUGUACAAAAUUCAUGCAUAUGUACUUUGAGUGGAGAAUAAGUGUCAGGCAGUCUUACUUUUGCCCAUAAGCUAAUUAUCAAACGAAAGAUGAGGGAUUUGUGUGUGUGUAUGUGUAUGUGUAUGUAUAUGUAUAUGUAUAUGUGUGUGUGUGUG